GUGGCGGUGCUCCCCGUCCGAGGGGCUCGACCCCAGCAGCGGCGGGGGCGCCCGCGGCCCCCGGGCGAAUUGAGGACGAGGCCGCGGGGCGACGGCGCGGCGCGGCCCCUUCCAGCGGCCGCGCCCGGGGGUUGGAUGGGGACAAGAAUGGAUGUGAGGAAACCACCUGGAGGUGACAGUUGGAACUAGACUUGGGACUGUGAAGAGAGGGCAAAUACUAAGGGUACAAUGACUCAUCUCCUCACUGUGCUAGUAGCUGUAUUUACAUCUUUUGGAGUAUUUGUGGAAGGUUUUCUAAAGCUUGUAUUUGAGGUGGGUUUUGCAAGGUUAGGCAUCUGGGACUUGGAGAAAUUCAGUAACGUGUGAAGUCAUCCAGCUCAAAAAUGAUGUAGCCAGUAUUCCAGUACAAGUCAGUUUGAAUCCAAGUAAGGCAAAAGAGAAUGAAAGAAGUAGAUAAUCUUGAAAGCAUAGAAGAAGAAUGGGUUUGUGAAACAGGAUCUGAUAACCAACCUCUGAAUGAUAAUCAACAAACAAAUUGUGAAUAUUUUGUUGAUAACCUUUUUGAGGAAGCUCAGAAAGUUGGUGCCAAAUGCUUGUCUCCCACUGAACAGAAGAAACAGGUAGAUGUAAGUAUAAAAUUAUGGAAAAAUGGAUUCACAGUCAACGAUGAUUUCAGAAGUUAUUCUGAUUGUGCAAGUCAGCAAUUUCUUAACUCCAUCAAAAAAGGGGAAUUACCUUUAGAGUUACAGGGAAUUUUCGAUAAAGAGGAGGUUGAUGUUAAAGUCGAAGACAAGAAAAAUGAACUGUGUAUGUCAACCAAGCCUGUGUUUCAGCCCUUCUCAGGACAGGGUCACAGACUGGGAAGUGCAACACCAAAAAUUGUCUUUAAACCAAGGAGUACUGAAGUUGAGAAUAAAAAUAAUUUGUCUGCUGUCCAGCUAAACAACCUAGAACCCAUCACUAACAUACAGAUCUGGUUAGCCAACGGGAAAAGGAUUGUCCAGAAAUUUAACAUAUCUCAUAGGAUAAGCCACAUCAAAGACUUCAUCGAAAAAUACCAAGGAUCUCAAAGAAGUCCUCCCUUUUCCCUGGCAACAGCUCUUCCUUUUCUCAGAUUGCUAGAUGAAACACUCACAUUGGAAGAAGCAGAUUUACAGAACGCUGUGAUCAUUCAGAGACUCCAAAGAAAUGCUGGACCUUUUAGAGAAUUUUGAUAAACAUUGAUUUCUGAUGCACUAAGUAGAGAGCUUGCAGAGAAAUAAAUGCUGGAUGUAAGUGGAAAUGCGAACCCAAAUGGGAGAAAAGAAAAGUCAGGUUCAUUGGAGUUUUUGUUGGAGUACUAAUUUAACUCUCUACUGGUGCGAAGAUUCUUAGAUAAGUACAAGUUAAGAAAGUAUGACUGGAAAGUAUAUUAAAAGCACUCUUUCCAAAAAGCUACUCAUAAAGAAAAACAUACGUAAUUUCAAAUACCAGUUAUUCAACAUAAGACAUGUUUAAUAUAGCUAUGUCAUUUAUAAUCUUAAUAUGGUAUAAAUUAGCAAAUGUGUUCACAGCAUCAUUCCCAGACAGCAAUGAUUUAUUUAAAUGUUAGCUAUCUAGGAUUUUUAGAUAGCAGUACACACACAAAAUAUAUAUACAACAGGUUAUAAACAUCAGUAUAAUUAUUUUUAUACUUGAGAUACAAUCGAAUGGCUGGAAGGGACUGCUUUCACCUUAGGCACUUAGUUAUGCCUAAACUUCAAAAUGUUCUCAACUUUCACAAGUUAGGCACAUAUGCCUAAACUUCAAAAUGUUCUCAAUUUGCCUUCUCUAAUGGCAAGAUAUACUCAAUUAUUAAUUUGGCAACAGUAUCUGAGAUGUAUUUUUAAGAAUAAAAUGAAGGAUAAAAUUGUUUAGCUUAGUAUAAUGUCAAUAUUGAUCUGCCUACUCACAUUUCUAUAUUUUUGAAAAAGUGUAAUUUUUAAAAAAUUAUUUUCUCUCUGGAAACCCUACUUCAUUCCCUAUCUUACUUUCUUUUGCAAAUUAGGGAUUUGUUCUUCUUUGACAUUUGGAGUGAGCCACUCAUGUGCCACCACUCAGAUUCUUAUGCUUGUGUUGUCACAUUGAUAAUUAAUAUUUUUAAAUGUGUCAUGUAAAGUAUGGUUUUCUAUUCAAUGCAUCAGAGUCAACCUAUGCAUGUAUUAAAGGAUUAUUUACAUUCUGAUGUACCCAAGGAAAACAUGCUUUUUUUUAAUUCAUUUUAUUAUCAUUAAUCUACAAUUACAUGAAGAACAUUAUGGUUACUAGACUCCCCCCUUCACCAAGUCCCCCCCCAACAAACCCCAUUACAGUCACUGUCCAUCAGCAACACAUGCUUUUUAUCUUAGACUUUUAACUAAAACCUGUUAGACUUCAGUAUUUCACUAUCAGAUUAAAUCCCCUUUGCCUAAAAAUAAGCUUUUUUUUUUAAGUAAUCAUAUUUAAAGUAAAAUACACAUUGAUUGUGCCAAAGAAUUAAGUAGCCUUGCCUAUCAGCAGUAAUGUUCAUAGGCACUAGAUGUCUUUUGGAAAGAGCAGUUCUCAAUCUUUUUGGUCUCAAGAUCUUUUAUGUGGUUUGUAUAUAUUAUGUUAAAAGUUAUAAAUAUUUAUUCAUUUAAUAAACACUUGAUAAUAUAAACAUUUUUAUGAAAAAUGUCUAUUUUCUAAAACAAAAAGAUUGUGAGAAAAGUGGAAAAUUGUGUUCCAUUUUUUUGCAAAUGUCUUUACUGUCAGAAUUAAAGAAGACAGAUGGAGUCUUGUAUCUGCCUGUACAUUCAGUCUGUCGUGGUAUCACACAUGUAGCCUCUGGUAAAUGCUACUGUAUGCUCAUGAGGAAAUGAAAACAAAAAAGCAAAUCACAUCUUAGUAUGAUUAUGAAAAUAGUCUUGACUUUGUAAACCCCUUAAAAGAGCCAUUCUCAUAAAGUAGUGAUUUGCAGUGAUUUUCAAGCCCUAGUGUGAGAAUUACUUGGGAGAUUUUCAGAAUGACUGUUCUGGCACAUUUUAAUUCAGUGUAUCUGGGGUGGAUCCCAGAUCUCUGCAUUUUUUAUCUCAACUGAUUCCUACGUAUAUAACCAGUCUUAAUUAAGUAAAUCGUGCAAUAAGCUUCCACCCUAAGAAACUGAAAGUUGCAUGCUUCACUGUGGACAGUGGAAGGCUGUACACUGAAAUGGACCCUUAAUUUUUAUCCUUGUAUAAGAGUUUGUUCUUAAGCUGCACCCCUUUAACUCUGAAUUAUUUAUGACAAAAACCAGUAUUAUACCUUUAAGCACAGCUGAAGGCUGGUACCCUUAAAUGAGGUUUUUAUUAAAGGCUCAGGAAUAACAAAAGGAAAUACAUCAAUAGAUGAUCUAACUUAUAAAAAUCUUCUUUUGAGGUCUAGUUUAAGAAUAUUUUACGUGGUAGAAGGCCAUCUUUUAAUUAGAAAAAGCAGGAAGACAGGAGAGCCUUAUCCUUUUGUCAUUUCUUCUAAAAAAUGAACAGAUAUAUAUUAGAAAAUAUUUAUUGUCAGUAAUGUUUACAGCUAUGAUAGUCUAGUGAAACAAAAUAGCAUUCUUAAAAAAUGGGAUGGUAAAAUCAACUUCUCUUUCAGAUAAUACAGUAACAACUGGUUGUUUCAAGAAUCUAAGAAAAUGUUUCUUAAAAUAUAGGCCUAUCAUGAAGCAUUUUACAAUUUUAAUUUGCAUAUAGUCAAUAUGUGAUUCUCCAUAUAUUUCUAUAAAGGGGACUCUCAUUAGAAAUGUUUUACUUUUAC